AUGCCGCACGAUUUGUUCAUAUCAACCCCCGACGUCGUGCACUUGAGCACGGGGCCGAUCGCCGCAGCAAGUGAUACCUCGCACAUCUUCAAAUAUGCUUUCCUCGGCGUGGAUUCGAAUGGUGCCCCGCCUCCCAUCAAACUUCCUGCAGAAUAUGCGCCGUGGCAGGACGCGCUUCGACGCGCGAAGAGCUUGCCGUUGAGGCUGGGGGACGUUUCCAGCGCCGCCGAGGCAUGGUGCCAGAGUGUACGCGAGAUGCCUGUGAUAUCAAUCGACGCGCUGUUAGCGAGCUUACCCGACCUCGUCCGUGCACGGCAGGUGUUGCUGUUCCUCUUGCACUUCUACGUGCACUCCCUUCCGCCAUCAAGCGGGUCGGAAGGCAUCAGGAUACCCAAGGCGCUCGCGAUUCCCGUUCUGGAAGUCUCCUAUGCUCUAGAUAUGCCACCGGCGUUGACGUAUGCGGACACCACGUAUUACAAUUACGAGCUACACGAAGAGAACGGGAUUCGGGCGCUGGACCUGUUCACGGGAUCCUCGGACGAGGCGCACUUCUACGUGACGACGGUUGAGAUUGAACAGGAGGGACAAAAGGCGAUGGCCGUCAUGUUGGAGAUCGUUUCUGCCUUGUCCGACCCAGCUUUGAUGGACAAAAAUGAGGAAGAGCGGCUAGCGGGUCUUCUGCGGAGUUUGGCGGCCAGCAUCAGUGAGAUGGGGAGGAUCCUGGACGCUGUGCGAGACGGGUGCGCGCCGAGCGUGUUCUACAACGACAUCCGGCCCUGGUACGUCGGGUCCAAAGAGGAAGGGGAUGGAAAGUGGGUAUUUGAUCGGCUGGAAGGAAAUCGGUGGGUGCAACGUGGAAAGGAAGGUGCUUGGGUAGCGCGGGCGAUGGCAGGGAGCACAGCUGCACAAAGCGCGAUCGUACAGGCGGUGGACGUGUUCCUUGGGAUCGAGGGGUUGACGCAUGAGCGUGGGGGAUUGGGCACGAACACCGCGAUUGAUCGUGGAGGAUACGGUGGCAGUGGCGAAAGAGGUAAUUUCCUGACAAAGAUGCGGGCCUACCUGCCGCUGGCGCACCGCAAGUUCAUCAAAGCGUUGGGGGACAAAGCACAAGGUUUGAGGGAGCACGCGGAAAAGAGCGAGGUGGCAAGGGAGGCGUACAACGAGGCGGUACUGGCGCUGAAGGAGUUUAGGACGGUGCAUGUCAGGAUCGCAACGCUGUAUAUAGUGAGCCAGGCCAGGAAAGCGAUCGGAGCGGAGGUGAGCGAGGGGGUAAAGGGUACGGGCGGGACGGAGUUGGUGCCAUUCUUGAAGGGGGUUAGGGAUCGGACCGGACAGGGAGCGUUGAAGGUUAGCGAAUGA